GCGGCGCCUCCGAGCUCCGCCAGCAGCGCCCCAUGGCCGCGGCCGCUCUCUCCUCGUGGCCCGGCAAUGGCACUCGGGCUCCGUGCCCCGUGGAUUCCGCCUUCGCCCAGCGCUUCCUGCCCGCCGUGUACCUGACCGUGAUCCCCCUGGGGCUGCUGGGGAACGGGCUGGGGCUGUGGCACCUCUGCACGGGGCCCCGCGAGGCUGCCCGCCAGCCCCUCAGCCUGCUGGUGGGCAACCUGGGGCUGGCUGACCUGCUCUAUGUCAGCACGCUGCCCUUCCUCGUCAGCUACUACCUGCAAGGCAGGCUGUGGAUCUUCGGGCAGCCCUGGUGCCGCAUCACCCGCAGCCUCUUCCACCUCAACCUCUACGCCAGCAUCGGCUUCCUCACCUGCAUCAGCGUCCACCGCUACCUGGGCAUCGUGCACCCGCUGAAGGCGCGGGGCAGGUGCCAGGGCGCAGCCUCCUCCGUGUGGCUCAGCGCGGCCGUCUGGGUGUGGGUCAUUGCACAGAUCGCUCCCGACCUCGCCUUCAGCAAGGCAGAUGACAACAGGACGCAGUGCCAUGACACGACAGGACAGCAGCACCUGGACGUUUACUUGCCCUACACCUUUGCGGUCACCGUGACCGGGUUUGUCGUCCCGUUCCUCAUCAUCAUCGGGUGCUAUUGCCACGUGGUGUUCGUGCUCUGCAGGAAUGACAGCAUGGACGCCAGCCUCAGGAGGAGAAGCAUCGGACUGGUGAUUCUCGUCAUGGUUCUCUUUUCCAUCUGCUUCCUCCCCUACCACAUCUUCAGAAACCUCAACCUGUUCUUUCGCUGGUGGCCACAGGGGUCCUGCACACAGGCUUCAAAGGACAUCUACAUUUCCUACCAGGUGACUCGGGGCCUGGCCAGCCUCAACAGUGCCCUCAACCCCCUGCUCUAUGUGAUUACCAGCAAAGAUUGGAGGUCACGAGUGAGGACCAUCCACCAAAGGGCCAGACAGUGUCUGAGGCCACGCUUCUGGAGCAAAAGCUCUUGCCAGGCAGCUGAGAAGAGAAAUUACAUUUGUAAGGAAGAGGCUUCUAAUGAGCUCUGAGGUAUCUGACACCCCUGCUUCUGCCACAUCAGCUUGUGCUUGGCCCCUCCAUGGGCAGCCCCGCACUUUGACACCUGGCUUUGCAGAGAUGGUGACAGCAGCAUCACGGGCUCCGUGCCCACAAGGGACAGGCAGGACUGUCAGUGUCAGAGAGAAAACUGGGACAAGAUUUCAAAAGCAAAACUACUCAACCCAACCAUUUUGUCUGCAGCAUGCGUGGAGAUGGAAGGAGAUGAUCAUGUUUGCUCCA